AUGCCAAUACACAGGGAGAACAAUCUCCCUCUAAUCCACCGGUACAUAACCACACACAACCCCGAUGGCGAAGCAGUGUUUGUGUCCCAUGCCCGAGUACCCGACUACAUGCCCUCGAAGCCAGCCGGCGAAGAUGGCGAGAUAGCCCUCCUCUACGCGACAACGACCAUGCCCACCAACGUUGAGGACGAAGUUGAUAUCGCCAUGUACGAUGAAUUCCUGCAUCGGCCACCCGGGCUAACUACUGAAAACGGUGCUGUCUUCCGCAUGGUGGAUCUUCGUCCGGGGAAAGUUACGCCCAUGCAUCGCACUGUGAGUGUGGAUUAUGGGAUUGUAUUGGAUGGGGAGGUGGAUUUGAUAUUGGAUUCUGGAGAGAGUCGGGUAUUGUAUCGAGGUGAUGUUUGUGUGCAGAGGGGUACGGCACAUUCCUUUAGGAACAAAAGUGCCACGGACUGGUGUCGCUUACUGUUCGUGUUUUUGCCAAUGCAGAUGCUCACCAUCAACGGAAGGGAUUUGGAUACGGAGAUUUAUGAUGAUCCUUAUUCAAAGUCCGAUGAGGGGGAGAAUAACUAG